AUGUCGGACUCUGAAGAACCACAGCAAAAGACCGUUAUCGGUAUAGCCUUUGGCAAUUCUAACAGCUCUAUCGCCUUUACCUCACCUGAUGGAAAAGCUGAAGUCAUUGCCAACGAAGAAGGAGAUCGUCAAAUUCCAUCGGCAUUGUCUUACGUUGGAGACGAGGAGUACCAUGGUGCCCAGGCGAAGUCGCACUUGAUCAGGAAUCCAAAGAACACGAUCGCAUACUUCAGAGACUUCCUAGGGAAAUCUUUCGCCGAUAUUGAUCCUACAAAUGCCCAUUCUUCUGCCCACCCAAUCCAGCACGAAACCGGCGUCGCAUUUUUGGUUGAAGAAAAGACUGAUGCCGAGCCAUCCACACUCACUGUUUCCGAGAUUACCACCCGCCAUAUCAAGCGUCUCCAAGAGUCCGCUUCCGAUUUCCUUGGAAAGAAAAUCGAUGGUUGUGUAAUUACUGUUCCUACAGAUUUCUCGGAGGCACAACGGAGACUCCUUGCUGAGGCUUCGAAGGCAUCUGGACUCGAGGUCCUUCAAGUUAUCCAGGAGCCGGUGGCUUCUCUCCUUGCUUAUACUGCUCGUGAAGAAACCUCGCAUCCAGCUGAUAAGACUGUCCUUGUCCUUGAUAUCGGUGGUACUCGUACUGAUGCCGCUGUUAUUGCUUCUCGCGGUGGAAUGUUCACUCUUCUUGCUACCCAGCAUGACUACGAACUCGGUGGCCGUCAAUUCGAUGAUGCUCUAGUUGACCACUUCAGCAAGGAGUUCAUCAAGAAACACAAGACUGAUCCUCGUGAGAAUGAACGUUCCUUGGCAAAAUUGAGACUUGAAUGCGAGGCUACCAAGAAGACAUUGAGCUUGUCAACUUCUGCUCAAAUCAGCAUCGAAAGUUUGGCAGGUGGCUUCGAUUUCCAUUCGACAGUCAAUAGGUUAAGAUUCGAUCUAUUGUCCAAGAAAUUGGUUGAUCAGAUCGUUGGAUUGGUUGAGAGUGUGGUUAAGAAGGCCGGCAUGGAUUUGUCGGAUAUCAACGAGGUUAUCCUUGCCGGUGGUAGUUCCCACACCCCCAAGAUCGCCUCCAGAAUCCAACAACUCUUCCCAUCCACCACAGCCGUUCAGGCACCUGCCACUAAUCCAAAUGCCUUGAACCCCUCGGAACUCAGCGCCCGUGGCGCAGCCAUUCAAGCAUCCUUGAUCGCUGAAUUUGAGGCAGAGGAUAUCGAACAGUCUACACACCCCGCUGUCACCGUCACCCCUCACCUUGCCAAGCCCAUUGGUGUGGUCAUCCAUUCCCCGGAAGGUGACGAGGGCAAAGCCGAGGACAAGGUUUAUGUCUUCCUUGACGCUGAGACGGCUGUUCCCGCACGAAGAACCGCUACCUUUGUCGGAACAAAUGUUGGAGGAGACGUUUUGAUCCGUGUUGUUGAGGCGAAGAAAGAAAGUGUCGAUGUUACCCCUCCAAAGGAGGUUAAGGAGAAGGCCGCUGAUGAGGAUGAUGAAGAUGACGACGAUGAUGAUGAAGAGGAAGAGGAAGAAAAGGUUAUCAAGCGAGUCACAGAGGUCGAGAAGGUCAUCGCUGAAGCCCUAUUGAAGGAUGUGAAGAAGGGACAGAAGGUUGAAGUUAUGUUGAACGUUGCAGGUGAUCUUACAUUGACUAUCACAGCGAGAGUUGUUGGUGGUAAGGGUGGUAUCAGAGGUACUGUUCCCGGACGGGCGCAGUAA